AUGGAGGAAAGAAAAGAAGCCAGAAAAGCCAGGAAUGAAAAGAUUGUGAACUGCUUAUACCAGAAACCUGAUGCAAUUUUUAGACUAAUUUGCUUUCCCUGGGCAGGAGGUGGCUCCACUCAUUUUGCCAAAUGGGGCCAAAAGUUUCAUGAUUUACUGGAAGUGCACUCCAUAAGGCUUGCUGGAAGAGAGACUCGAACUGAAGAACCGUUUGUAACUGAUAUCAACCAGGCAGUUGAUGAAAUUGUUUGUGCUCUCCUGCCUCUUCUCCAGGAUAAGUUAUUUGCAUUUUUUGGCCACAGUAUGGGAAACUAUCUUGCCUUUAUGACUGCAAGACAACUCAAAGAACAAUAUAAUCUAGAGCCAGUGCAUUUCUUUGUAUCAAGUGCAACUCCUCCUCAUUCCCAGCCUCAAAUUCCAGACGGGAAAACAUUAACAGAAGAAGAAGUUAAGUGGUCCUAUAUGGACUUUGGAGGCACUCCCAACUGUUUCUUAAUCAACAGCCAAGAAUUUCAAGAGUAUUUUCUUAUAUUCAAGGCCGAUGUACACAUGCUAAAUACUUACAACUUUGAUGCCCCACUCAAGGCUGUUCUUUCAUGUGACGUGACAUGUAUUUUUGGAUCUGAAGAUAAAAUAAUAAGCAAUUUAGAAGGCUGGAAAGAUAUAACCAGUGGAAGUUUUGGCAUGUACCACCGCCAAGGGGGUCACUUUUAUCUCAUGGAGCCUUCCCACGAGGCCUUCAUCCAGAACCACAUAACCAAAUGUCUCGAACUCUCCACCAUCUCCUAUUAG